AUGAGCGGGUGCGAGGCGGCCACCGCGAGCCCGAAGCCGCCGGGCCAGCAGGCUGCGCACGGGCAGCAGGGCGUAGGACACGAAGGGGACCAGCAGCAGCGGCCACACGCCCUGGUCGGCGGCCGCCGCGCCCGCAGCCGCACCGGCCGGGGUCCCCGCGGGGCGGCCGAGCGCCACGGGGCAGCAGAGCAGCGCGAAGGCGAGGCUGAAGAGCAGCGCCAGCGGGCCGACCUGCCCCAGCUGCGGGCCCCGCGGCGAGCGCACGUGGGUGGCCACGAGCAGCGCCAGGAAGAGCGCGCAGUGCGCGGGGGCGAGCCCCGGGCAGGCCGCCCGCGGGCCCCGGCGCGCCCAGCAGCUCGGCCAGCGCCCGCCAGCGCGCUCAGCACCGCCAGCGCCUUCAGCGUGGCCGCCUGCGCCGCCGCAGCGUGUAGCCGGGAGCAGCGCCCCGGGGGCCUCCGCCUGCGCCGCCGCCGCCCGGGCCGCGCGGCGCCCCCGCCCUCUCAGCUCGCGCGGAGCACCCUGCGGGGCGAGGACGGGGGCCGCACCCCUCCGACCGCGGGACCUGGCGCCCCGGCCCUGCGCACCGGCAGCGAGCGCGGGGAGGCCUCCGGGCUGCAGGACCCACCGGCCGGCCGGGCCAGGACGGACCAGAUCCCGGAGCACACCACCGGGCAUCGCCAGCGCCUCGUUAGAGACGGGAACGCGGACCUCCUGGAGCAGGAGCACAGCCGGUUCCUCGGACCUGUCAUCGAUCCCAAAUCUCGGGCUUUGCCUUUGAGGCUCACCGCGGCUGAGGGCUUGUCCGACCCAGAAACCCCGGAACUCUGCGGGACGGCGGUGGGCGUCGAACGGCAGGGCUGCGGCCUCGCCAGCAGCAUGUGGGCGCAGGCGGCCGACAAGGAGAGUGAGCGGGUCCUCCAGCCAAACCAGGGGCCACAGCUGGAUGGGCAGGGUGAGCAACCGGAGGCGGUGGAUGGAACUGGUACCCUGAGCUCUGGAGGACCAGAACUGUGGUGCCCAGACAACCCCAGACCCGGAGCUGCUGGAACUGACCUCUUCUCUUCAGAGCCAGGGGUCCUGCGAGGCCAGGCCGGGGCAGCAAACUGGAAACUGUCAGAGUUCAGGAAUGAGGCCGAGGCUGGUAGAGACGGAGCCACAGCCCAGCGGGGGAAAGACAGGGACACAGGCGCAAAGCGUGCCACUGGAGGGGACAGGCAGUCAGUGAGCGCGAGAGCCUCGCACGCUGGAGGCAGUGCUGGUGUGGCCCCUGAACAGAGCGGGGUCCCCUGGCUGAAUGGGGACGAGGAUGAGAUUGU